AUGACUGGCAUAAAUGAUCUCCCUCUAGCAGAGCUGGCCAUCAAUAAUAGAGAUGCUGCCUCAACGGGCGUGAGCCUGUUCUUUUUAACGCACCUUUUCCAUGUCUCCUCCAUUGAUAUAGCCGAUGCACCCCCCGUUGAAACGCCACGUAAUCCCAUUGAGUUUGUGGAUGAUUAUAUGAGGAAGGCCCGUGAAGUGUUGGAGUGGGCUCAACUUCUACAUGCUGCGGCGACGGAUCCCCUGCCUAGUCAGAGGCAAACCAACUGGCAGCCACCCGCUAUAGAGACCCCAGAAGGACCUGAGUUUGAGAUUGAGGAAAUUCAGGGCGAACGAACCUACCAGAGGAAAAAGCAAUACCUCAUUAAAUGGGUAGGUUGGGCUGAGCCUACGUGGAAUGACGUGAGUCUCCUACAAGAAGCGAAGGCCUUGAACGCUUGA